AUGGGAACCUCACAAUCAUCAAUGGUGUUGGGUUAACCACUCAAGUAAACCAAAUUAGGAACUCAUUACCCUAGAGGAAUUUUAGAGAGAAAAAUAUAGUUAACAGAUGAACAAGUCAACACACUUACUAAUUUUAUUAGACUCAAAGAAAAGAAUAUGAGAUAACCUAUAUUUCUUAAAAUUUAAGGUGUUUAGAAAGAUGAUUCAGGAAUCUUUUGUAAUUCUAAUAACACUAUCAAAAUCUAUACUGAAUUUUGUGAAAUUGACUUAUCAAAUGAAAUUAGAAGAAGAAGAAUUGCUUCUCAACAUUUUACUAAUCAAGAACUUGUAUAUAACUUAAAACAACUAAUUGAAGCUAUGGCAAUCUAUUAAACUUAUAAUAUUCAAUAUAACUUGUCUUCUAAUACAUUACUUUUUGAUACAAUGAUCAAAAUAAUGGAUCCAUAUAUAUUUGAUCUUAAAACACCUUAAUUACCACAUUAUAAAGAUUAAUCUGCAUCUGUAUAUUCAUCAUGGCCUAUAGGCAUUAUUUUAUUAGAAAUGAUUACACUCACUUUAAUGAAUAAUUUAGUUAACAUUGAUGGCACUUUAAACACAUACCUAUUUAGUAAUUUAUUAGAUUAAAUCAAUGAACCUUUUUUAAAAGAAUGCUUACUCUAUAUCUUUGGAGGAAUCUAAAGACCUAAUUAUAUUCAAUUAAGAGAUGAAUUAAAUGGAAAAAUUAUCAGAUUAGUACCUGCCUUCUAAUUAUAACCAGAAAAUAUAUAACAUCCAACUAAUUUUUCUAUUUAAGAACAUUCUAAAUAUUAUGAAUCUAUAUCUUAAUAAUAAUAGAAUAUCAAAACCUAAUCUAAUAAACAACUUCCUCUUAUUCCAUUGGCUCAAUCUAAUUUAAUUAUCAAUACAAAUACUAUUUCUUAAAAAAAAGAAAAUAUUACACCUAUUUCUACAACUCGAUCUAACAAUUAAAGUGUUUUACAAGAAAAAAUUGAAUAAAUCAGAGCUACCUAUUUUAAUCACAAAAACUAAUAAUAACCUUCAUAAAUGUAUUUGUAUCGUAAAAGUCCGGAAAAAUAAUCAGAAACUUCAUCAACAGGAUCUGAAGAAUUAAAAUCCUACUCUAACGGAUUAUAAAUAGAUUUAUAAUCUGAUCCUUUUUGUAGAGAAAGAGAAUCAGAUGUUAAUACUUUAUCAAAACAAUUUAAUUUCUAAAAUGAAGAAUAUAUUUGUGAAACUUAUCUUGAUGGUUCUAUUUAUGAAGGGUUUAAAAAAAACCAAAAAAAAAAUGGACAAGGAAGUCUUUAUUAUAAUGAUGGUGGUUUUUACAUUGGAUAAUGGUAAAAUGAUGUCAUGAAUGGAUAUGGAUCAUUAUAUUAUCCUUCAGGUAAAUUAGCAUAUCAAGGAUGUUGGGCUAAUGGAAAAUUUUAAGGUAAAGGAAUGUUAUUUAAUGAAAAUCCUAAAGAUUGUUAAGAUAUUAAUUAUGAAGAUUUCACAUCUAUUGGUGAUUAUUGGAUUAGUUAUUCAGGAGAUUUUGUGCUUGAUAAAAAAUAAGGUAGUGGCGUUUUAAUUUUUACAAAUGGAGAUAGGUAAAUUUUUUAUUUAUUUUUAGAUUUGAAGGAAAAUUUAAAGAUAAUAUGAUCAAUGGACCUGGUACAUUUAAAUCAGGAAACUAAGUUAUUUCUAGUAUAUGGUCUAAAAAUUUGAUUUUAUGA